AUGGAUAGAGUGAGGGCAUGUUUGAUUCGGGGAUACUGCUCAUGGAAGACUAUCCUAAAGAUCACGUUCUUAUUGACUUUUGUCUUUAUAGUACUGCAUAAUGGUGAAAACCUCAAAAGAACAGCAUUAGUUCACAUUCCCACGAAAAUACAUGAACUAUAUACAGAAUAUGGAUCUAUGCUCCACAAUUACCAGGCCAGAAUUCAAAUGGCUAAAAAAAACAAAGAGCUUCUAAAGAAGGGAAGCCGCUAUUUGGAAGAAAAUUCCAAAGAAAUUAUGUCCCUGACUAAACAGAUAGAAAUCCUGAAGGCUUUACUUAAAGAUUUAAGAAGCCAAAUGGAGGACUAUGUUCAGAAUGCUAAUGUAGAUGGAUUUGAAAAGCUGGAUGACUCAGACAUUACUGAAGAGGAAAUGAACUUGGUGAAUUAUAUCCUUAAAAAGUUAAGGGAGGAUCAAGUCCAGAUGGCUGACUAUGCCCUCCAAUCUGCGGGUGCCUCCAUUGUUGAAGCAGAAACUUCUGAGAAUUACAGAAAUGAUCAAGCAAAACUAUAUUGGCAUGGGAUACGAUUCUUAAAUUAUGAAAUGCCUCCAGAUGUUAUUCUUCAGCCUGAUGUCCAUCCUGGGAAGUGCUGGGCCUUUCCAGGUUCUACGGGUCAUACUAUGAUCAAGCUUGCGAAGAAGAUCAUACCAACAGCAGUUACCAUGGAGCACAUCUCAGAGAAGAUUUCUCCCUCAGGAAAUACCGCCAGUGCUCCGAAGGACUUUUCUGUUUAUGGACUCAAAGAUGAACAUAAAGGAGAAGAAAUCUUCCUUGGUCAUUUUACAUAUAACAACAAAAGAGGGAUCACUGUUCAAACAUUUCAGCUCCAGAAUGAAACUUCUGAAUCCUUAUCAUAUGUGAAACUGAAAAUUCUGAACAAUUGGGGCCACUCUAAAUAUACAUGCUUAUAUCGAUUCAGAGUCCAUGGAAAGCCUGAAAAUGACGACUUCGGAGUCUCUUAA